AUGGACUUGGAAGGCAAGAUUACACAAAUGCAAGAUGAACUUAAUAACGCUCCUCUUCGAAAGGUUAAUAAAUCAGAUGAUUGGGUGCCACGAGCUCCUGAAAAAUAUUCGUUAACAGGACAUAGAAAUCCAGUUACACGCGUUACAUUUCAUCCAGUAUUUUCCGUAUUAGCAUCUGCAUCUGAAGAUACUACUAUAAAAAUUUGGGAUUAUGAGACUGGUGAAUUUGAACGUACUCUCAAAGGUCAUACUAAAUCAGUUCAAGAUAUAGCUUUUGAUCCGAAAGGCAACUUUUUAGAUUUGACAAUAAAAGUUUGGGAUUUGCAGAACGAUUAUAAAUGUGUUAAGACUUUAUAUGGACAUGAUCAUAGUGUUUCUUCUGUUGCAUUCUUACCAUCUGGUGAUAUUAUUGUAUCUGCUUCUCGUGAUAAGACCAUUAAAUUGUGGGAAAUGUCAUCAGGUGGUCAUUUGGAAUGGGUACGAAUGGUCUCACCAAGUGAAGAUGGAAAAUGGAUUACUACUAGUUCAAAUGAUCAGACUUCACGUCUUUGGGAUGUAACAACUGGAGAGUGCAAAAUGGAAUUUAGAGGUCAUGAUCAUGUUGUAGAAUGUUCAAUUUUUGCUCCUGCUGCUGCAAUUCCCCAUAUACGAGAAAUGAUAGGGCUAGUUGUCGAUGUCGGUCAUGAUAAUUGGGUGCGUGGUUUAGUUUUUCAUCCCAGCGGCAAAUAUCUUCUCAGCGCAUCUGAUGACAAGACCUUGAAGAUAUGGGAUAUGAGAACUGGUCGAUGCACGAAGACUUUGGAAGCUCAUGCUCAUUUUGUUACGUGUAUUGCAUUUAAUAAAGCAACUCCUGUUGUGGCUACAGGGUCUGUGGAUCAGACGGUGAAAAUUUGGGCACCAUUCAGGUGA